AUGGCCUCCCACGCAGCGGCAGCCGCCGCCGCCGCCGCCUCCACCCGGGCGAACACCCUCUCCCGCAUUUUCGCUUCCUCCUCACCUACACCACCACCCAAUCCCAGUCCCAAGAUCAAGCGCGCGCUGACCCAGAAACCGCCCGCCGCCGACGCUCACUCAAUCGCAGCCAAGAAGCCCCCGAAGCACCUCGGCGCACAGCCGGCCGCCGACGCUCCUGGAUCCGACAAGCUUCCGAAGUCUUAUCGGACGAUCUGCAAGGACCUCUUCCGGCAGCGCGACCCCGACAAGCUGGUCUCCGAGUUCGUCCAAGCGUCGGCCGCAUCGUCGCGCUUCCGCGGCAAGCACCACCUGUACAAGGCAGCCGUGAGCCGGCUCGCCUCCUCCGGCCGCCAAGAUGGCAUCCAGGCCAUCCUCGACGCGCAGAAGCGCUUCCUCGAGGCCUCCACCGAGGCGUUCGCCGCGCGUCUCAUCCGCCUCUACGGCCGCGCCUCCAUGCCGUCCCACGCCGUCGCGGCCUUCCAUGAACUCCCCGCGAAGCACAAGUCCACCGGGACAUUCAACGCCGUCCUCGCCGCGUGCGACGAAGGUGGAGACUUUGACGCCGUCGCCGCUGCAUUCCAGGAGAUCCCAGCCUCCCACCCCUCGGUUGCCCCCAACGCAUACUCUUACAACGUACUCAUCCGCGCGCUGUGCAAGAAGCCCGACCUUGCUGCUGCUCUUGAAGCUGUCUCCCUCAUGGAGAAGCAUGGUGUUUCGCCUGACACUAUUUGUUUCAGCACGCUUUUGAAUGGCUUUUACAAGCAUGGCCGCAUGGAUGACGCGGAGACGGUGUGGGAUAUGAUGAAGGAGAGGAAUUUGGAGCCAGACGCCAAGUGCUACAAUGCCAAGCUGCGGGGUUUGGUUGCGGCAGGGAGGAUUGAGGAUGCAGCUGCUGUGGUUGAGAGGUUGGAGAAGGAUGGGCCCAAGCCUGAUACGGUGUCUUACAACGAGCUGAUUCGAGGAUACUGCAAAGCAGGGAGAUUACAGGAUGCCAAGAAGCUGUACGAUGAUUUGAUAAAAAAUGAGUGUGCCCCAAAUAAGGGGACAUAUGGAACUCUCCUACCACUCCUUCUGCAGGCGGGAGAGCUGGAUUGUGCACUGAGGUACUGCCAUGAUCUCUUAAGUAGUAAAAGGACCAAUGGAGUGGAGUGUGGUCUCCUGCAGGAUGUAGUGAAUGCAUUGAUAGAGGCGUCGAGGGUGGAGGAGGCUACCAAGCUGGUCGAGCUUGGGAAGAAGAAGUACUACCUCCGAAAGGGUUUGAGGAUGCCACAUACUGCACAAGACAACGAAGUAAUAGCUGAAACUGAUGAGGAAGAAUCAAUAUCAGAAGAAAAGGUGCUUUAAGUGCAAAACGAAACUGAAAAAUAACAUUAUUUGACGAGGAUGUUCCUUCAUCGGCCGAGCAGUGCUGAGGUGCUGUCCACUUGUUCAUGUCAAAUUUAGUAUUUUUGGUGGCAGAUGGUUACUUUCUCUGUGUUGUUCAGGUAGAUCGUCAUCAUUUAUCAGACAUUUAUUUGGGCAGUGGCACUUGUCUAUCCAUCUGAGCAAUGGAAAUGUUUCCUCAGUUUCUCUGAUACCUAAUGAGGUGUGUCUUCCAGUAUUUGUCCAGAUAUUAUGGAGUGCAGGUUAUUUUCAUGUUUCAUUUUGUCAUCCGGCUUAUCAUUCGUGUAAGAUCAUUGUGAACCACGAGAAUAUAUCAGCCAUCCUGUUGUUCAUGCCUUCUCAGUUUUCCUGAUCUUGAUGUGCAAAGCUUACUGCUUACUGAAACAUCUCUUGCAACUAUGAGACAUACUCCUAUCAAACAUUUGUCCUUAAGACCAUUCGGAGGUAAGUUUUCUGACCUACAAUGUCCAAAGUUUGUGAUUUAACAGUUUCCCAACCUCUGGUAGUUAAUCAGAAGAAAAGGUGCUUUAAGUGCAAGACGAGACUGAAAAAUAACAUUAUUUGACGAGGAUGUCCCUUCAUUGGCUAGGCUUUGAUCUGUCACACUAGAUCUCACCAUGACCUGUUUUACCCAAUUUCUCGUCUUGUUUUAAUAGAAAAAGUGCAAGUUAAUAUAGUGCUUACACUGGUUAAAUAAGACAUUGCUUUAUCUUGCCCUGUGCUGUAAUACCUACCGCAAGUCUUUCUAGCCUCUGCUGAUUUUUCUUCGUUACAUUAAAAUUAAAUAUAUAAAUCUAAUAUGUUGUGCUCAUAAAAAUUCUUCAAAUGUUGUGUACUUUAUU